ACAUCAUACUACUAAUUUCCCCUGGUAAACAACAUAGUGACAUACUACAGUCAAACAAACAUGGGAUCUGACAUUGGACAGCAAACCAUUGUGAAACCAAAGGACAGCCAUAUAUUCCGGAGCAAAUAUCCUCCUGUCCAAGUUCCUGAUGACAUGACGCUGCCUGACUUCGUACUUCACAAUGUGGAACUGUACACGGACAAUGUGGCAUUUGUGGAUGCUACCACUGGAAAAGCAUACACUUAUGGCCAAGUUGCAAAGGAUAUUAAGAGAUUCUCAAAGGCGUUGAGGUCACUAGGCCUCAGAAAGGGGCGGGUGGUGGUCGUUGCCCUACCAAAUGUGGCUGAAUAUGCCAUUAUUGCACUUGGAAUCAUGGCUGCUGGCGGCAUCUUAUCUGGUGCCAACCCAGCUUCCCAUGCUUCUGAACUCAAGAAGCAAGUUGAAAUGGCCGACGCAAAGCUUAUUGUCACUGAUGCUUCAACUUAUCCCAAGGUUAAAGAUUUGGGAAUUCCAGUGAUAUUAGUAGAUGAGGAGCAUAUUCAGGGGACGAUAAAGUGGGAAGAAUUGCUUGAAGCUUCAGAUCGUGCAAGCAAUGAUCUCACUCUCUCCGGAGAUGAGGUGGUGAAGCAGAGUGACUUGUGUGCCCUUCCUUUUUCAUCGGGCACGACCGGUGUGUCAAAGGGGGUGAUGCUGACACAUAGGAAUUUGGUGGCUAACCUUUGCUCCUCACUCUUCAGUGUAGGACCAGAUAUAAUAGGGAAUGUGGUUAUACUAGGGCUAAUCCCAUUUUUUCACAUAUAUGGAUUGGUUGGAAUUUGUUGUGCAACCAUGAGAAACAAGGGAAGAGUGGUGGUCAUGCGCCGGUAUGAAUUGAGAGCGUUCCUAGGCGCUCUCAUCAACCAUGAAGUCAACUUUGCACCAAUCGUGCCACCCAUCAUUUUGGGAUUGGUCAAGAACCCCAUUGUAGACGAGUUUGAUCUUUCCAAGCUCAAACUCAAAUCCAUCAUGACGGCUGCUGCCCCCCUAGCACCUGAAAUUCUUAAUGAAUUCCAAAAGAAAUUCCCUAAUGUUGAAGUCCAAGAGGCAUAUGGGAUGACUGAGCACAGUUGCAUCACGCUUACUCAUGGAGAUCCAAAAUUGGGUCAUGCCAUUGCGAAGAAAAAUUCAGUAGGUUUUAUUCUUCCCAAUCUAGAAGUGAAGUUCAUUGAUCCUGAAACUGGUCUCUCUCUUCCAAGAAACACCCCGGGAGAGCUUUGUGUGAGAAGCCAAUGUGUUAUGAAAGGUUACUACAAUAAUGAGCAUGAGACUGCCCUUACAAUAGAUAAGGAUAGCUGGCUUCAUACCGGGGACAUUGGUUACAUCGAUGAUGAUGGAGACAUCUUUAUCGUGGACCGCAUCAAAGAGUUGAUCAAGUUCAAGGGUUUCCAAGUAGCUCCUGCCGAGUUAGAAGCAACACUUCUCAGCCACCCUUCAGUCGAAGAUGCUGCUGUUGUCGGGUUACCCGAUGAGGAAGCUGGAGAGGUUCCUGCUGCGUGUGUGGUUUUGUCUCCUGGAGCAAAGGAUACUGAAG